UCCACCUCGCUUCCAUCUCCAAGAAACCCUGACCCUUAUGGGCCGAGCAGGGAACCCCUCCUCCUGCUUCCCGAUUCCGGUUCUAGAGAGAAGAAAGGUGUAAUGCAGUACUGGCUAUGCUGUUCUUGUCAUCCCAAUAAGAAAGAACAUAUGAUGAGACCAACUGGUGGACAGCACAGAGGUUCAAAGUACUCCACUUCUAGAAAAAAACCCCGAAAGCCACCUCCUAUUAAGGUGCCUAAAUUUUCUUCAGAGGAAUUGAAACCAAAGACUGACAAAUUUGAUUCAAAGUCUAUGGUUGGUGAAGGAUCACAUGGAAAGGAAUACUCCACAGUUCUUAACAAUGGGAAGAAGGUUGCUAUAAGAGAACUCGAUGUUUCGUCGGAAGACGAAAGAAAUGAAAUUUUGACUCAGGUUUCGGUGGCAUCAAAUUUGAAGCAUGAAAACUUUGUUGAAAUGCUAGGAUAUUGUGUGGAACAAAAUAUGCUUCUGUUGGCCUAUGAAGAUGCAACUCUCGGCUCUUUACAAGAUAUUUUGCAUGGUGAAAAAGGUGCAGAAUCUGGUCUACUAUUGGACUGGACACAGCGACUGAAAAUAGCUCUUGAUGCAGCUAAGGGGCUACAAUAUCUUCACAAGGAGGUUCAGCCUCCUAUAAUACAUUGUGAAAUCAGAUCAAGUAAUGUCCUUUUAUUUGAGGGCUUUAAAGCCAAGAUUGCAAACUACAACCUCUUAAAUCAAGCUUCUGACGUAGUCACUCGUAUUCGUUCUGUUCGAGCCUCGGGAACUUCUGUUUAUCAUGCACCAGAGUAUGCUAUGGCAGGCCAGCUGACAGAGAAAAGUGAUGUAUAUAGCUUUGGUGUUGUUCUUUUGGAGCUGCUGACUGGCAGGAAAACCACAGAAACUGAGUUGCCUAAAGAGCAGCAGAACGUGGUUACCUGGGCAACUCCAAGAUUGAGGAAGGAUCAAUUCCGUGAAUGUGUGGAUCCAAAGUUAAAAGGAAAAUACUCAAUAAGAGGGGCUGCAAAGCUGGCAGCAUUGGCAGCUCUAUGCGUGCAGCACGAUGUGGAGUUCAGACCCUAUAUGAGCAAUGUGGUGAAAAUACUCUCUUCUAUUCUCGAAGACUGUCCCCCUCCCCCACCUGAUGCUCCUCCUCCCCCACCUCCAAAUGCUUGAAACAUGGAAUGAUUGCCAUUCACAGUGUCAGCUUGUCUCAAUUGGCCUUCGGAGUGUGUGAUUUGUGCUGAGUGUUUUAGUUGCUGGUCUUUCUCCAGAUGGUUGUGUGUAGCAGUAAGGGAUAGUAAAAUGUAAUAAAAGCUGUAAUAUUCAUUACAUUUCAGUUUUCUUUUUGUGUGGAAAAUACUCAUCAACAUAAUGACUUCUUCGCUCGAGAUCA